AUGGCGGAUCAAAGCCCCCAAGACGAGCGGUUCCAUACGAUAUCGCGGUUUUCGACCUCUUCGUCGCUCAGGAGGUCUUCCGCAGUUGACACCAGUAUGCAGAUCGUUCCCAUGCCACGCUGGUCGACAGCUGUGGGCUGCGCAAGAUUUGCUCUGGCAACUCUCUUCCUCGUCUUCACCUCAGCAGCUACCGCCAUUUGGGGAAGCUAUCCAGCUUUUGGCAUUGCCCUUUUCACUUCAUUGGCCAGCUUGAUCAUUUUUGCCUAUUAUUUCGUCGCUCUAUCCUGUAAACCAGCCCUGUACAACCGUUGGGUUGUACUUAGUCUCGAGAUCUUCGGGGUAGUCUUCUGGCUGGUCAGUUUCGCCCUCUUGGCCGACUGGACCAGCUUCCACAAUCGCCUCUGGUUUGGUCAUGGCGGUAGCUACGGCUUCUGGCACGCCUCAUUUAGUCCUUCAGACAUCGGCCUUCGGACAAGGGAUAUUGUCAAGAGGAGCACCAACAAAUACCAUGCUGGAGUUGCCUUGGCUGGAACGGCUGCAGUCCUGGGCGGGGCUGAGUUGUAA